UACUGUGGUGUUUGAGAGUCAGGAGACAGAAUAGUAGCCGUAGUUGACGUUUGGAGGAUAAGGGAGGGAGUACGCGCAGUGUAAGAACCGCAUGGGUUUGGCGCGUGGUAGAGGUAGAGGAAAAGGCAGAGGCGGUGUUGUGAAACCGAAAAGUCGUGGGAUUGCUGUGAAACCACCACCGUUGCUUGGGCGCCCUGCUCCUGCCCCGCCGAUGGCGUUGCGUCCGCGAGGUUUGCCGGUUCCGCCGUUGCUCCCACGGAUGAGACCUCCCCCUCCUGGAUUGAGGCCUUCCCGGGGUAUGCCAACUGCACCACUACCAAUGUUAGGUCCUGGGAGACCAAUCCAUCCCCCCUUCCAUCCAAUACCUCCGCCCCAUGUUUCACCGCUCAUGCCAUUACGGCCUCCCAUGCCACCACCAUCGCUUAUAAGAUCAAGAGGACCUUUACCUAUGCAUAGUGGUACUUAUCCUGCACCAAUGUCAUCACGUGGUAAAUUCGGUGGAAAAAGAGGAGGAGUACGAGUAAAUAUUCCAAAAGGAGGCAAACUUAAAGGAAAAGGCAAGAAGAACGAGUUUGAGGGUACCUGUUCUAAAGAUGGCAGCCAUUACUGUGAGACAUGUGAUCGAAGUUUUCGCUCUGAAGAAACUCUGACAGAACAUCUGUCACAGCAUCAGACUUGUGGUUUGGAAGGCUGUCAGUUCACCGCACAUGCAGCAGUCGUCAUGCGUCAUGUUGAGAUGCAGCAUGCAACAGGACUGUACAGUAAGAUCAGUGCCAUCACAGACAAACCUGAAGACAUAGCAAAAUGGAUUUCUGAACGCAAAAAACGUUAUCCAACUAAAGAAAACAUUGAGAAACAGAAGAAGGAGCGUGAGGAGAAAAUGAAACGAGGUGAAAGGUUAGAGGAUCAGAAAACUAGGUUUAACCCUGAUUUUUCAGUAAGAAGAGGAAGACGUAAUGAAUCGAGAGGGUCACUACAUAUGAGAGGAAAAAGAUCAGCAAGCAGAGCUGAUAAUACUAUCAAUACAAAACCAGCAAAAAUGAACAGAGCCCCUCGAAAGACACGACAGCAGAUCUCGACAACAUAUCAUUCAGAUGAAGAAGAGAAUAGAAACUGCAGAGGCAAACUACCUGCAUUUCUUGGCACAGUUGCUUUCAGUCAUGAAAAUGAAGAGCCUGAAAAUGAGAAAGAAGAAAAGAAGUUUAGUGAUGAUGAGUGGGAUGCAAACCAGGAGAACAAAGCUGAAACAAAGGAUUUUACAGGUCCUAUUGUGACUGUGAGUACAGCUCUCAGCAAUAUAAUGGGAAUGUAUGCAUCUGGAGCAUCUGAUUCUGAAGGAGAAGAAUCCCACAGCAAUGUUAAAGGAGUUGAAAACAAUGCAAAGAAAACAAAUACAGAAACAGCUGUAGCUAUAUCUGCUGAAAGUAAAAGUAAAUCCCCUGCCAGUAAUAAAGUUUGCAAGCCAUCAGUUUCAAAUGACAGUGAAGGCAGUGGACCAGAAGAAGUUCCUGUAGUGAAGGCUCUGGAAACUACUCAGCCCACAGAAAACCAGUCUGAAAGUGAAGAACAGCAGCAACCACCUGUACGGUCAACUGGCCGAAAAAGAAAACGUUUUCACAGGCAGCGGGUUAGCAAACGGAAGUUUGAGGGAAAAGGAGAAAAUGGUCAGAGUGCAGAGAAAACUGGACAGCCCCAAGCUCCUCAACGGAAGAUACAUUUACACCGAAGACGUCUAACACUUCUCGAAAAGCUCCUUAACAGUGAAAUUCGCCAUGAAAGGAAUGUUAUCUUGCAGUGCGUCAGGUAUGUGGUGAAUGAAAAUUUCUUUGAUGUACCAGCUGAGUACACACAGGAUGAAGAAAAACAGAUGAUUUAUGACAGAAUACUUGGCAAAUUAGAAACUGUAAGGCAAUGUAAUCAUUAUGUGGUGGAAAAAAACUUUUUUGGUGUUCCAUGCAGUGAAGGCAUUAAAUGUGAUGAAGAUAAAGAUGAUUGAAGUAAUUUGUUACACUAAAUGUACUAUAAAAAUAGAAGUUUUGUUAGUUUUGUGUUAUUUUGCCUGUUAUUGAUUUUUACAUGGUGAUUGUGUUUUUUUUGUGCUAGUAACAGCUGAAAAUUGUUUGCUUGAAAACUUGCAGAUAUCUAUAAUUGUUUUCCUGUAACAAUGUGCUAAGUCACUGUGUGUUAUUGUGAUAUAUUUAUAUACAUAUUUGCAAAGUGAAGUAGCAGUAGAAACUGAAUGUUGAUGUGAAUGAGUAAAUUAUCUACAUGAGUGCUAUAUUGUCAAUACAGAUUUUACACUUUCCAUCAAGUGAACUUUGUUAUUUGUGCUACGUACCUGUUGAUCUUCAUUGUAUAAUGCUUUAUUGACGUGUAAUCCCUUGUUAUGAAUCCUUGUGAUGCCAAAGUGAAAAUUUAAGGCUGCAUCUUGCACAAAGUUUGCUAAAAUGACAGAUGUUGUUAUUUUCAUUUUCGUUUUUAAUAGAACAUUCUGUUGAGUUCAAAUGUGAUUGUCAGAUUUUGUUCCUAGGUAGAAUAAUAUUCUCAUUUUUAGUUUUACUUCUAUUCGAAAUGUAGUAGAUCAAAAGAUUAUUUAAACUAGCUGUAUAAUCAAACACACUGCACUGAAAAAUCAUCCAGCUAAAUAACCAUUAUGAUUUUCGAAUGGCUUUGUUAGUGGUCAUAAAGGAAUAAUUGUUGGUUGAUUUUUAAAAAAAGAUCAAUGAACAUAACUAUGAUAUAUCAAA